CCAAGAUCUCGUUCCAAACCCCUCCAACCCUAGCACUACGUGCAGCCAUGGCAGACGCACAGCAGCAACUUCAGGCACUUUCUGACGAGUACCAGAAGCUGCAGCAAGAUUUACAGAAUAGCAUCACCUCACGGCAAAAGCUCGAGUCGCAACAACAAGAGAAUAAAGGGGUUCAGAAGGAAUUUGCCAGUCUGAAGGAGGAUGCGAAUAUCUACAAAUUGGUGGGACCAGUGCUGCUGAAACAGGACAAGACGGAAGCUGUGAUGGCGGUUGAUGGAAGACUGGAGUUCAUUGACAAGGAGAUAAAGAGGAUAGAGAAGCAGAUCAAGGAUGUACAAGAGAAAAGUGACCAGAUACGAUCACAAAUCAUCCAAAUACAGUCUGAAGUCCAAGCCCCGGCUGCUACUGCGCAAGCCGUAUAGGGAGUUGGGAAUUAAUGGGAGUGUCGGAGUUCAGGAAUGCAUUGCAUGGCGUGACGGAAAUGAAAAU